CAAAAACAAUUCUUUUACUUAGGCCAGGGGCAGGCAACCUUGGCUCUUUUAUGACUUGUGGACUUCAACCCCCAGAAUUCCUGAGCCAGCAAGAACUGGCUGUGCUUUUAAAGCAAUUCAGGGAAAAGAUAUCUAAGCAAACUUCUCCGAAUAAAUCAGGAUAACCUCUUAUUCAGAGUGACAAUCCCAAUGCAUCAGAUUGGACUUCACAAUUACAGCCAUAGCAGUAGGCUAUUCUUGUUGCUGUCGUGAUGGGGUUUGUUUUUUUUUCCAAACUUGGCCAUUUUUAAGACUUGUGGACUGGCUGGGGAAUUCUGGGAAUUGAAGUCCACAGAUCUUAAAAAACUCGCCAAACUUGCUGUAAAUGUUUCAUGGGCAGCUUCACGGUGGCCUGAUGUAUUGAAGAAGCCUCUAAAGCAGCGGUUCUCAACCUAUGGGUCGCGACCCCAUUUGGGGUCGAUCGACCAUUUUUCGGGGGUCGCCAAAGGCGGCGAUCUGUCAUUUUCUCCCCUCGGGGCGGCGCCGCGCAUGCGCAGAACGUUUGUGUGACGGGGGUCGCCGUCACACAAACGUUGAGAACCACUGCUCUAAAGGGCCCCGAGAAAUGUUGGCUAAAGGAUAAUUAGAAUGCUUGGUUUUCAGGGGCAGAAAAUGAGCAAAAAAAAGUGAGACUCUCCUGGUGCAUAAUUCAGCCUCGAGGGGCAGUUGAGCUAUAGCAGUGGUUCUCAACCUUUCUAAUGCCGCGACCCCAUAAUACAGUUGCCCAUGUUGUGGUGACCCCCAACCACUUAUACAUCACCGGGUGCCAGGGGCGUGGCCAAAGAAAAGGGGGAAAAAAUGGCGGACAGCCUUGUUUGGCGACCCCCGUGAAAUGGUCGUUCGACCCCAAAUGGGGUCCCGACCCACAGGUGGAGAACCACUGAGCUAUAGUGACCUCCCUCCACGCCGAUGACCCUCUGGAACAACGGCGGCAGGCCUGGCUGGACUCCAGCACGAGGACCAGGAGUAUCACGUGUGCCCGAGCAAAAUAUUUUCCAGCUUUUGCUUCAAGACACAGCCAGGUUUCUGGAAUGAAAAGCUUCAAGUUUAAGUCUUGGGAGAGACGACCCCCCCCCUUCUCCAUCCCUGGUCAGACCACAUUCCUGCCUGGUGUGUUUGUUCCAAGCGCCUGUUUCUGUUUGUGCCCUCUUUCCACAGACCGCUCGUUCUCCGAGUGUGUUGUCUGGCAGGAGAGGAAAUCCUGUCCUCUGGAAGCCCUUUCCAACCAUCCCUGAUAAGGACCCGCGGCUCAGACCUGCUGCACUCCUGGGCAUCGGGCCAGGUGUGUGUUAUUUUUUUUGGCAAGGUUGGCUUUGCAACGUGGGCUUCUGUUGGAAUGUGACCUGCCAAGGGAAUCUGCUGGGAGGGCAGACGUGAAAAGAAACAAGUCGCGGGUCUCGACAGAAAAGGCGGCGUUGAUUUGGAGAUGCUCCGCAGGGCUAGCGGCAAGACCCACCCAGAGACAGAGGCCUGUGAAAAAGCUGCUCGGUUUAUGGGACAAAAGCCGUACAGUGAGGUCCCUGGUGCUCUCUGAGUGUGGUGCUUUUCUUGCAGACGUUUCAUUACCAAACUAGGUAACAUCAUCAGUGCAAGGCGAGAGUGGGAUUUGGGUAGUGGAAUACAAGGAGGAGGACUGUGGGGUCCUUGGCGCUCUCUGAGUGUGGUGCUUUUCUUGCAGACGUUUCAUUACCAAACUAGGUAACAUCAUCAGUGCAAGGCGAGAGUGGGAUUUGGGUAGUGGAAUACAAGGAGGAGGACUGUGGGGUCCUUGGCGCUCUCUCAGCUUGGUGGUUUCCUUGCAGACGUUUCAUUACCAAACUAGGUAACAUCAUCAGUGCAAGGAGAGAGUGGGAUUUGGGUAGUGGAAUACAAGGACGAUGACUGUGGACGUUUCACUGCCAUACUAGGUAACAUCAGCAGUGCUAGAAGGAGGUAGGAUUUGCUCUCUGUAAAUCCUGUAAAGAUCGCACCGGUGAUGUAACCCAGUUGGAUAAUGAGACAAUUGCAAGAAAACCAUGUUUCCCCAUCAGACUCAUUUUUUGGGGGUCACAAUCCAGGCCGUGGCAGCUAGCGUUCAAGGCCUGGCAUGUUCACACGAUGACAUCUGCAUGCAGCCCAGUGUAGCAAGGCUUCCUGAAAGGCUGAAGUUGGCCAAGGGGGAUUGUGGGAAGAGGCAGCCCCCCGUUCUGUGCUCGAUGCUAUCUCGGCAACUACCAAGAUGGCGUUAAAAAAAUGCCCCUUCUUCCCUAUCUGGGCCCAAGAGAUGGCACAUACGGCUUCUCCAGCAGAGCCAAAGAGCCACUCUGGGGCUGCUUCGGAGAGCAAAAAAGCAACAACUUUCAACAACUUGUUUGUUCUGGCUCCGGCCGCUCGCCUGGCUGACAUCACAUCCUGAGAGCAGGGAGACCGGCACAGCCCAGACAAUCUGAAAGCGAGCCGGGAGCUGGUUCCUCUCAUUCGAAGAGGACGAGGCAGGAAGGUGGACGGAGAACGCCAACGCUCUGCCCAGGGGGGUCUCCGAGAUGGCUUCCCGCCAUGGGUGAUCCAGAAGAGCCGGGAAAAGCUUGAAGAACAAGCGGGCAAAGGAAAGGCCAUUAAGCGGAGGAAGGAAGAUGGAUUCUGGCCGAGAACCUCAACUUUUGCAAUUUCACAAUGGUUUCUGGUAACUUGCCUAGUUGGGUGAUCUUCCUCGUCCCUCUGGCCUUCUGUCUUCAGAUGGCAUCACCAGGCACCGCUGAGCCAACGGGCAAACGCGAUCCGGAGCGCCUUUCAGUCCAAAGCUUCCAAACCGUUCUGUUAAAACGGCUGGGUUUGCAAAGGCGCCCAGACCCGAAGCCCAAACUACGGGUCCCCCAGUACCUGCUGGAUUUAUACCAGUUCUGCUUGAGGCAGCCUCUGGCCUCUCCCAAGGACAGCGAGCCACCCUUCCUGGAAGCACGAGCAGCAACAGCCAACACCGUGCGCACCUUCCAUCACGUUGAGGAUUCGGCGCCUGUCUCCGAAGGUGCAGGAAAUUCGUUCUACUUCCUGUUCAACCUCACCGCGCUGCCGUCGGAGGAGGAACUGACUGCCCUUGAGUUGCGUCUCUUUCACUCCCCUGAGGAAAGCCACGGCUCCCACAUCAACGUUUAUCAUGCCGUGGAUCCCCCGCCUGUGUCCCCAAACAAGAGCCGACUCCUCGCGUGCAAAUGGGUGGCUCCCGGCCAGCCCAAAUGGGUGAGUUUUGACGUGACGGCUGCUUUCCAGAAAGCAAGAGAACAGAAGGAGCGUAACCUCGGGUUCUUCGUUGAGGUGCAGCCUUCCAACAGCAGCCUCCAUCUUCCGCACCCACCGGUUUCCCUUCGGGCAAGACGCUCUUCCGGCCAGGAGGAGGCUGAGUGGGCUCUCAAAAGGCCUUUGCUGGUCACCUAUAGCCAUGACCAAAGAGGGCAACCUCUGAGCCACAGAAAAAGGCAAACCAGAAGCCGCCCUAUUCGAGGCAGAGGAGCGGCUAAAGUCCCACCCUCCGCGAGGAAGCACAAGAGCCUGAGGCCAAAGACUAAAACCGGCACACGGUGCAGGAGGCACCGCCUGUUUGUGGACUUCAAGGCGGUGGGAUGGAAUGACUGGAUCAUUGCUCCCAGUGGCUACCACGCUUUCUACUGCUCCGGGGACUGCCGCUUUCCACUGGCCGACCACAUGAACUCCUCCAGCCACGCUGUGGUGCAGACCAUCCUGAACUCGGUGAACUCCAAAGUGCCCAAGGCCUGCUGCGUCCCCACAGAGCUCAGCCCCAUCGCUAUGCUUUACCUAGACCAGCAUGACAUGGUGGUCCUCAAGAGCUAUCAAGACAUGGUAGUGGACGGAUGCGGGUGCCGGUAGAAGCAAAGAAUUGUCUUUUCUCACUACUAAAACUUUAAGGGAGGCUCUCAGUAAAGGCGACGGACAAUAAAGUCCGGUCUGUAUUGCAAAA